UAUAUGAGUGUGUGUGUGUGCGUGUGUGUGUGGGUAUAUAUACGAGUGUGAGUGUGUGUGUGUGUGUGUGUGUGUUAUCCGCUGCCCGGGUGUCCGCAGGAGUCUGCGCAGAUCUAACGGCUGGACGAUUCGCUGAUUUUCCGACGCAAAGUCUCUGAAAGAUGAAAUAAACGGGAGGAGAAAUGGAGCGCGGACAUUUCCGCUGCACUUCUGACUGCGCGUGAAGCUGCUGCGCCCCUGCACCGGACCCCCCAGUGUGUGUGUGUGUGUGUGUGUGUGUGUGUGUGUGUGUGUUUAUUUCCUCCGGCUGCUGGGUUUCUGCACACCUGGAUCCUCUGCAGUCCGGGAUGUGGGCGUGUCCUGAGGGGUGCUGUGUGGGAUUGGGGUCGGAGCGGUGCGGGUGAUGCAGUAUUCUGGGUGGUGUUCAGUUUAAUAGAUCGGACAGAUCAGACCGGGCACCAUGGCGGCGAAAGAGAACCCUUGCCGUAAGUUCCAGGCAAACAUCUUUAACAAGAGCAAGUGCCAGAACUGCUUCAAGCCCCGAGAGUCCCACCUGCUCACCGACGACGACUACACACAGGCUAAGCCUAUAUAUGGAGGAUGGCUACUCCUGGCACCUGAAGGAACAAACUUCGACAACCCGUUACACCGGUCCCGAAAAUGGCAAAGACGAUUCUUCCUUCUCUAUGAACACGGACUCCUGCGCUACGCUCUCGAUGAGAUGGCCAGCACUCUGCCUCAGGGCACCAUAAACCUGAACGUGUGUGUGGACGUGGUGGAUGGAGAGAGUGCGACGGGACAGAAACACUCGCUCUGCAUCUGCACCCCGGACAGAGAGCACUACAUCCGAGCCGAGAGCCGAGAGGUCAUCAACGGGUGGCAGGAGGCUUUGAUCGUGUUUCCACGCACCAACAAACAGAACCAGAAGAAGAAACGGAAGGUGGAGCCUCCCACUCCACAGGUUCCUGAUCUGGUGCAGAAUGGGUUCUCCCGGGAGAACACGAUUGGCUGUUCAGAACCUGGCCCUGCGAAGGUCACAGUGACGAGCAGCAGUGUCCUGUGUGUCAGUAACAGUGUUGUUCAGUCUGAUGGGGCUGAGCCUGUGAGAGAUUCGGAGCGCGUGAUUGGAGGACGUAAGCCGAGGGUCGAGAGCGGCUACUUCUCAUUGGAGAAACCAAAACCUGAACCACACCAACAGGAGCAGCUCUCUUCCUCUUCAUCAACCUCGUCUUCUUCUCGUCUGAGGUACAGCACCUCGGAACCGGCGCUGUUCCCCUCACCGUCCUCACACAGCACACACACUUCACCUGACACACACACUACACACUCAGACUUCACAGACACACCCACCGUUUCACAAUCUGUCGAUGCUCCACACACACACUCAUCGCCAGCAACACACACAGUGCGAUCCCCUUCUCCACGCACUUCUGGCAGAACACACACCCUGGCGUCGCCGCUCUCGUCCUCUCAGAGCUCCCUUGACUCCGAGUCGAGCCCUGAGAGGCAGAGUCGUGUUGUGAGAGUGGGCGGGGCUACCAUAUCAGAGCCUGGAGGAAUCAGCGGGAGGCCCGGGCGAGGGGGGCGGAGCUACGCGGCGCUGGCAGACGUCCCCCGUGCGAGAAGGCUGAGUCAUCGCGAGGCGUUUCGUUCUGAGCGCAAACGGCAGGAGCUGAGAGCUAGGACACGCAGCCCGGGGAGAGAGGAGGUGGAGAGACUGUUCGGCCACCAGAGGAAGCGUACUCAGGUGAUCGAGCGGUUUGAGACACAGCAGUCAACAGAUGCAUUGGAACACAUGGACACGACAGAACCGUCCUCUUCCUCCAGUCAAUCGACCAAUCAGAGAACAGGACGCAGCGAGAGGCGUCUCCCUGCCCAGAAACAGGAUCUCUCACUGGAUGCCGGUGCAGCAGGCUCCACUACGGAUCUUUCUGGAAAAAUGUCUGUUUACAGAAGGGCAAAAAGCCUCGACCGCAGAGUUACAGAGUCCUCCAUGACGCCUGAUCUGCUGAACUUUAAGAAAGGAUGGAUGACCAAACUGUACGAGGAUGGCGUGUGGAAGAAACACUGGUUUGUUCUGACUGAUCAGAGUCUGAGAUAUUACAGAGACUCCAUCGCUGAGGAGGCGGCGGAUCUGGAUGGAGAGAUUGAUUUGUCCACUUGUUAUGAUGUCACUGAGUUUCCAGUACAGAGGAACUACGGCUUCCAAAUCCAUAGUAAGGAGGGAGCGUUCACUCUCUCCGCUAUGACUUCUGGGAUACGGAGGAACUGGAUUCAGGCCAUCAUGAAGAGCGUGAGACCCACGAUCACGCCCGACGUCACACGGAAAAACGUCACUCUCAAACUCUCUGUUCUCAAAACGAGUUCUGUCCCAGAUGAACAUGCUAACGCUAAAACAACUCCUCCAACCUCUGACAUCUCUCGGCCUUCACACGUGUGGGGUCAGAGGUCAUGUGAUGUCAUUGUUGAUUCAGCCUCUGACCACCGUAAGCCCCGCCCCCGGGACCGCAGGCGAGAGGGACGAUCCAAAACCUUUGACUGGGCGGAGUUUCAAAAUGAGAGGGCGGAGGCUUUGGAUACAAGCUCCUCCCCCUCUCCAUCUUCUGUCUCGUCUUCUGCGUCCUCUCCCUCCUCGUCGGUCUCAGACAGGAAGUUACUUCAUCGGGAACAGGAAGUGGCUCCAGAGAACAAACAAGGGCAAGUGGGCGUGGCCGGUGGAGUUCCAUCAGUUAAUAAGAACCCUGAUGUACAAGUGGAGAUUGAAGAAAGGUGGCAUCAGGUGGAGACCACACCCCUCAGGGAGGAGAAACAGGUGCCAAUCACUGGAAGCUCCGCCCCCUUUACUACUGGAGACAAAAUUCCUGCCGAGUUCACGUCCCUGCUGGACACAGAGACCCAGAGGGAGUUAGUGAGGCUGCAGGAACAGAACACACUCCUGCAGGAACAGCUACACGGCGCAGAACAGACCGCACGGGAAGGUUAUGUGUUACAGUGUACCAGUGAACCAGCACAACCUUCAUCCGACUCCACAUCUUCUUCCUCGUCUCACCGAGUGCCAUGGCAACGCCUCAGCAAGCUGAACCAGGAACUGAAGACAGAGCUGGAAGCUCAGCGACGGAAGCAUGAUCUGGUUAAUCAGCAGGUCAGCAGUCUGAGACGGAGCUACAGCGAGGCACAAGAUAUGAUUGGGCAUCAUGAGGCUGAAAUCGAGGCUCUGCAGGCAAAACUUGUUUCUGCGAUGGCUGAAAUCGUAGCAAGUGAGCAAGCAGUGGCUCGCAUGCGCAGUGAGCUGAAGCUGGAACAGAAUCGUUGCCGUGAACAUGAAGAGGAGUGGAGUCGCAAUGAAAAAACAUUGCGAGCACAAUUGCGGGACAGCGAGGAACGCCUCCGGGAUGUGGAGGCAAGUUUGUUGGAAAAGUCUCAGGCACUGAGACUACUGGAGAGACAGCAGGCCUUGCAACGGGACCAGCAGAAGGAAGUGCAGAGGCUGCAGGAGAAGCUAACCGAGGUUACUGGACGUCUUAUUGCGACAGAGGAGGCACAGGCUUUAAGGGAGGAACGGGAGAAGAAAGAGCACCGUUGUCUGGAGGAAAAGCAUGAGCGGGAGCGGCAAGGAUUGAGUCGGAGGCUGGUGGAGUCUGAGGAAAAGAGGUGUGAGGCUGAAGAGCAACUCCAUGAAGCUCGUGACCAAGUAGAAGCUCUCCUGAGAGGAGGUGGGGGGGAGCGGGUGGAAUCAGAGGUAAGGGAGGAGAUGCUACGUCUGCAGCAGGUUCUAAAUGAGCAGGCAGAUGUGAUUGAGAACCUUCGGGAGAGUGUCAGAAGGCUGGAAGAGGAGAGAGAUCGCCUUACAUGUCGUUGCCAGGAGUUGGUUAAUCAGAUUGCAGAGGCAGACAGGGAGGUAGGAAAACUGCAGGCACAGCUAAAGAUGGAAGAGACAGACUACUACUCUUUGGAAAGCUCGUAUGAGCGAGUUUCAGAGGAGUUUGCAAGAAUCAGUCGUGUUCUGCAAGAGAAGGAGGAGGAAGUCCGAGAGACAAAGGAGACAUAUGAGAAGCUGGUGAGACAAAAAGACCAGGAUUUGAAUGAAGCCCUUGUCAAGAUGACUGCUCUAGGUAGCAGUCUAGAGGAAACUGAACAACGCCUGAAGGCAAAGGAUGAGCUUCUUAGUCAGAUUGGGCAUAGGGAGGUGGAGAAAGAGUUGCAGGAGAAGCUGGCCUUAGCAGAGGACCGAAUAUCUGAACUGGAAGAGCAUCUCAAUGCUUUGCGUUUGGGGUAUGCAAACCUUAGAAUGGAACGAUGCUGCUCUCAAGAGGAUGUCUUUGACGCACUAGAAAAACAAGCAGAGCAUGAUGUAUCCUUUUCCACCACUUCCUCUUUGCCUCUUGCAAGAAGCAGCUCAGAGACAGAAGUGUCCUUUGCCAAGCGGCAGAGGAUCCGCUUCUCCAACAUUCAAUGCCAAAAAUACCACCAGUCUCAAAGAAUUGACAGAGUUCAGACAGAUAACACAUACCUAGAUUUUACUCAAGAGGAGAGGCAGGAUCUUGUACCAGAAACAGGCCUGAAUCUCACUGAUGACACCAUCCAGGACUUAUCCCAGGAGACCAGCUUAGUAAGCGACAACACAUUCCAGUACUGCAGUGAUACAGAAAACUUUCUGUCAAUCAUCCAUGCGCUAGAAUCAAAGCUCCAGGCCACAGAGGAGAAGCUUAGAGAUAUCACAUCAAAGAUGCAAAACGAAGAAGAGCUGCCUGGCAACAAAGUUUUGAUGGAAGUAUGCUGUGAUGAUACCUCUGCUGAGCCAGACCAGGAUGAACCAGAUGGUAAAUCCCACUCUUGCUUGGAUGACAUUGUACAAGACAGUGUCAACAAUGAAGAUUACAAGAAAGCUCUGGCUUUUGUAGAGUCCUGCAGGCUUAGGGUUAGGGAGAUUCUCAGUGGUCAGAAUGAGGAGGGAAGAGCACAAGCACAAGUUCACACCUUAGCUGAGAUUGAGAAAGACUUGGUUAAUGCAGCCUUGCACAUUAGGCAAGUUGCCGCACGAUAUGAAGAUUCUCUUACCUGUCAGAGUGAGCCCCAGACACAGAUGGAUAAAAGUGCAAUAAAGGUUCUUGCAAGAAUGUUAUCCUUUGAAGGGACUGUUUUGGAAAAAAUGGCAUUUUCUCUUCAAGAUCCAAAAUCAGAAAUAAUGCAAAGUCUUAGCGAGAUAAAUAGAGAAUCCCAACAGGUUAACAUGAGCCAUGAGAAUUGCCUUUCUGUAAUUUACACCGACAUUCUGACGAGGAAACUAAAACUACAGAGCAUGCUGAUAAAUGAGCUGAAUAAAAAUGCGCUCCACAAAGUACAUACCUUUAGUGACCAGUCAGACAAUUUGCAGCCACCUGGCAAUAGUGUUUUUGCUCAGAAUUUAAUUCACAAUGCCUGUAUUAAUGCUGAACUUGCCUACUCCCUUCAGAACUUAAAGCACUCUUACCAAGACAAGUUUGAGGAACUUCAAAGAGACUUGGUCAAAGUAAAAGAGAUCUUGCAGCAAAGGGAUAUAGCUGUGAGGGAAGCAGCUAUGGAGCUCAGCACCGAAAGUGUCACCCAAGAUGCCGGUGAUAAGCUUAUUGCUGAUACAGAGACCUCCCUUUCUGAUAUCACCCCUCCUGAGCUUGCCCCUUAUGCACAGCAGAUUGAGAGGGAAGAAGCUCACACUCUUGCUCAAGAAAUAAUAGAAAGACACUUAGCUGGAAUCAUGCAGUCGUGUGUCACAGAAUCAGUGGCAUCACUGGAUACUAGGCGAGAGAGUCUUAUUACUGAGCUAAAGAGACAAGCAAAGGUCCUUCUCCACCUGUCUCAGCAGCUGGAGAAGGCAUGCGAGGAAGGUAACAGCUCUGUCCUUUGUGGACUUGCAGGUCAAAUCCAAGCAGUUUUAGGACCCAGAGACACCAGAGUCCUGAUGUGCAACUCUCUCAGCAUGAAUGAAGCUCUUAUUCAGGUACAGGUAGCGUAUGUUGCAUGUCGACUGCGAGCUGAACAUGAGAGGGAGCUAUCACUCUGCCAGGAGACUAGCCACAAUAUGGCCACUUUGGUCCAGGAGCAUGCUCAGCACGUAGCAACCAUCCACCAGCGUUUCCAAAGUAGCCUGGAAGAGGAACGGAUUCAUUACUUCAAGACAAUAAACUCCAUUCAGGAGGAAAGCGAAACUCUACGGGAGGAGGCAGCAAAGCAGCUUAAGGAGAUGGGAAAGCAGCAGGAGCAGAUUGUAGAGAUGGAGGAGGCUUUCCAGAGGGAGAUGCAGGAGAUUAAGAGAAAGCAUGCAGAAGAACUGGGCCAGGCAGAGCAGGAACGAGUGACCAGAGAGCUAGCAUUAAUCGAACGUGCUGAAAACACCCAACAGAAACUCGAAACCUUGCUGCAAGAAGUUGAGGGAGCAGAGCUAAGGCACAAGGAACACAUAUGCAAGCUGGAGCAUGAACUCUGUGGGAAAGUUCAGGAACUGGAAAACGUACAUCAGGAAGAGAUUCAGAAACUACAUGAGCGGUACAGUCAGACUAUUCGCACUCUCGGGGAGAGAUUAGAGACAAUAGCAGAUGAAACACAUCAUCCAUCCACAACAGAGGCACAAGGUGCCAGUCAUUUGGAGGAUGGGAAGGGGCAUGAGCAGGAAGUGAGCAGGGACUCGAUGUCACUGCUGAGAAGCCGUGUGCAGGAGCUCGAGCUGCAGAUGAUGAAUAUGCGUGAUGAACUGGAGAACAAACCGCCAGAUGGAGACAUGGCCAGUCUGCGAGAAAAGUACCAGAGAGACUUCGACAGUCUUAAGGAAACGUGUGAACGUGGGUUUGCGGCGAUGGAGGAAACUCAUCAGAAGGUGAUUGAGGAUCUUCAGCGUCAGCAUCAGCGUGAGAUUAACAAACUGCUGGAGGAGAGGGAGAGAUUACUGGAGGAGGAGACUAACGCCACCAUCGCUGCGAUUGAGGCAAUGAAAAAUGCUCACCGUGAAGAAUUGGAGAAAACGCAGCGAGCGCAGCUGAGUGGAGUCAGUGCAGACAUCGAACAACUACGCUUGCAGUACGAGGAGGAGUUACAGUCGAUCCACCGUGAGCUGGAGGUGUUAUCAGAGCAGUACUCUCAGAAAUGUCUGGAGAACACACACCUCGCUCAGGCACUGGAGGCCGAGAGACAGGCACUGCAGCAGUGUCAGAGAGAGAAUCAACAACUACACACACACAACCAGGAGUUGAAUAACCGUCUGACGGUGGAGAUCUCUCGCAUGCGUUCCUGCUACAGUGGAGAGAAAACACCGUCACCUCUCACACAGGGCAAAGACCUGUACGAACUGGAGGUCCUGCUCCGUAUAAAGGACUCAGAAAUUCAGUAUCUGAAACAGGAGAUCAACUCACUAAAGGAUGAGCUUCAGUCUGCAUUGAGGGAUAAGAAGUAUGCAUCUGAUAAAUACAAGGACAUCUACACGGAGCUGAGCAUCGUGAGAGCUAAAGCCGAUUGUGACAUCAGCAAACUGAGAGAAAAACUUUUGGCUGCGACAGAAGCUCUCGGGGAAAGAGACACACCCACACACACACCAGGAUAUGAUAUCAUGAAGUCAAAAAGUAACCCUGACUUCCUGAAGAAAGAACGCUCAGCUGUUUCCAGGCAGGUCCGUGGAGUGAGGUCGAAGUCUGUGACUGAGGAGUUGCCUUGGGAUAGCUGACCCCGCCCCUUCAGUGAUAGUCUGAAAGAGGGAUUAACAGUGCAGGAACGGAUGAAGCUGUUUGAAGCAAAAGACUCAAGGAAGAUAUGAACAACUUUUACACACACACACACACACACACUUCUAUGAACAAACAUAUACACAAGAUUAUUAUGUUUAAUUAAUAUUUUUGUUGUUAUAGUGAGUGAAGAGACAUCAGCUGCUUAGUUUUUAUUAUUGUUUUGUGUGUGUGUGUGUGUGUGAGAGAGAGAGAGAUUUGCUAACUGCUGUAUAACUUUCAGUAAGAGUCUAUUAUUCAGAGAGCCAGCUGUAAUUUUGCUAACAGUGUUGUAAAUAAGUGUGUGUGUGUGUGUGAGAGAGAGAGAGAGAGAGAUUAUAACUCAUUUUAUAACUCAUUUUUUAAUACACAGCUCAUUAUAGCUCAGUUUUCCAUAGCCCUCACUGCUGUCAGUCAUUGUGUUAUAGAUGAUCUGAUUGGCUACUGAUGUGUAUAAGCUUUCAGUUUCCUGCAGCUACGUGCUUCACACACCUGCGACUUUCUGAGGCAAUGCAGUCAGCCUUGUUUGUUCGUGAAACGCUAGUGUGUGAUGGAAGAACGUGUAGUUUAGAAUGAAUACACCAACACUGCAUCAACAAAAAAACAAAAACGUAACUAGAAAACAUAAAUAAAACAAAGAUAGCCACGUCUCGGUGUUAUCAUAGCCUGCUAGCUAAACAGCAAAUUAGAGCCUAGCUUAUGAGAUUAGCACAGGAAUGCUAAACAAAUGAGUUUAGUGUUAUACCUGAUAUACACCUGCAGUGCAUUAUGGGUAAUAUAAUUAUGGGUAGUGACCUUUAGCUACUGAGAAUAAAACCAUAAGAACAAGUGAACAUUAAAUAAACACUAUCAGGAUUUAAAGCUAAAAUAAAGUAAUAGUGCCACUCAGUCCUGUGCAAAAGUUUAUACACCCUUAGAACAACAUAUUUUUUUUUUUGUAAUUUAUUUUAUUUUAGGACAAACAAGACUUUUUUAUGUGUUCGAUUUCACAGAUAUUCCUUGAUCUGUAUAAUCAAUAUGAUGAAACUAUUAAUAGUGGAAAAAUCCCUAAAUAUCAGUUCAGAAAUUUGUAAAACUCCCCCCCUUUUUUUAAUGUGCUAUAAAUAUUAUCUGAUAACUUUUUCAAAAGUUAUCUUCUGAAUAAUUUUAGCCAUUUUCUUUCAAAUUAUUUUUCUGUUGAUUUUGUGUUAUUUUUCAGAAUGUUGUCUUGUUGCAGAUUACACCAACAUUUUAUUUUUAAUAUCUUGAAACCACAGAAUUGAAAUAUCUCACCUUCCACCUUCAAAAUCCAAAUGUUUUACACUCGACUGUUUAUAAAUUAUCGUUGAUGAAUAAUUGAUGGUCUGAUGAAUCAUUCGAUUCCAAGUCGUUUGGAUUAGUCACUUUACUGGAUCAUACCUAAUUUACAUAAAAUUGACAAAAUCUUAGUUCACAAGUAAAUUACUGCUGCUUGUGUCGCCUCACAAAAUGGCCUUUGCUUUAAAUAUAAUUUUUAUAUUCUAUCUAAAUAUAGUUCUAAUCAGUGCUGUUUUAAAUAGAAGUAUUCUCUGCAUGUUUACUCGCUUUAGUCGGUUUUGAAGAGCUGUGUUUUGAUUGGUUUUGCGUUUUCAGAGAGCCAUGUGUCCGGUGGCUUUUUGCUCAUUUUCGGGUGUGUGUGUGUGUGUGUGUGUGUGUGUGUGUUUGGUUGGUUUUUUUGGAGAGAAAUAAAAUUUAUUAUAUGAUGUAUUUUAGGUGAAUGCUAAGGUUUUGAUUAAACACACUCACUGUAAGUCACUGUAUAGUGUUAAAUACUCAGCGUUGUGUAUAUAUCUGUUUCACAGAGUUUUUGUUUAAAGUUUAAAAUAAAAAUAAUAAAUAUC